AUGAGCGCUGUUCGUCAGCGUGUGGAGGGGACCGGACUCUAUCCGCUCUUCAGUUGCACCUAUCCGGAGAUAGACACACCCCUUCUAUCUGCCCUCGUCGAGAGAUGGCAUGAGGAUACCAGCAGCUUCCACAUGCCAUUCGGGGAGAUGACCAUCACCCUGGAUGACGUGUCAUCUAUACUUCAUUUGCCGAUGGGUGCUAGGUUUUAUACUCCCGGACAGGCCAGCAGAGAACAGGCAGCGGAGACCUGUGUUCUGCUCUUAGGAGGGGUAGCCACAGACUACAUCAUGGAGUUUAAGGCGGUGAAGACCAUUGGCUUGCGGUUCGGGUUCUUGCAGACUCUUUACUCUAGGGCUCUUACUGAGCAUCGGCAUGACCAUGCAGCACGGAUGUGGCUACUUCACCUCCUCGGUUCGACCUUGUUUGCGAACAAGAGUGGAGGACACUACACUUCUGUCCAUUGGAUCGGCAUGCUGCAGCACCUUGAUCGGGUGUCAGAGUAUGCGUGGGGCGCCAUUGCACUAGCUACACUGUAUGAUGCACUUGGUCAUGCCUCACGGAGGAAGACCAAGCAGAUGAGCGGUUGUUCUUCCCUCCUGGUAGCUUGGGUGUUUGAGCACUUCCCACCCACCAUUAUUCAGCGGAUUGAGGUCCCCGAGUACACGGAGGACCAGCCCAGAGCGUGCAGGUGGAUGGAGUCACGGGCUGGGCAUGCAGGACUGAUGGAGAGGCGAGUUCUCUUCGAUGAGAUGACGGCAGAGGACGUCAUAUGGACACCGUAUGAGGAGCACAGGAGUCACAGAGAGCUGGACGUCCGAGCUUUAUACUCAGGCUACAUCCGAACUCCCAUCCGGGCGGCCGUGCGACCUCAUCUUCCUGAGCGAGUGAUGCGGCAGUUUGGCAUACCUGGAUUAUGA